GACUCACAAGAAGCUUACGGCAUUAAGAAUAAAAAUGGAAUUAUCACCGAAAUUCAUAGAAGUGAAACCGAAUGGUUUUCAGCCAUCCGAACGAUGGCGGAUCAUGAAAAAUAUUCUAAUUAUUGGCUUCGCAUUCAUGAUCCAUUUUAUGGCGUUUAUGGGUGCCAGUAAUCUACAAAGUUCCAUCAAUGCCGACAAUUCACUGGGAACAUUCACAUUAGCUUCUAUAUAUGGAAGUUUAAUCUUUAGUAAUAUAUUUUUACCUAUGCUGAUAAUAAGUUGGCUCGGCUGCAAGUGGACGAUCGCCUUGACGUUUGCCGCCUAUAUGCCAUUCAUCGCUGCCCAGUUCUAUCCGCGCUUCUACACGAUGAUUCCCGCGGGCCUGGCGGUGGGCCUUGGUGGCGGUCCCCUCUGGUGCGCCAAGUGUACUUACCUGACGGUCGUCGCCGAGGCUUACGCGACCGUCUCGGACCUCAGCGUCGACAUCCUUGUCACGAGGUUCUUCGGCCUCUUCUUCAUGUUCUACCAGAUGGCGCAGGUCUGGGGUAAUCUCAUCUCGUCGGCAGUUCUGUCGUACGGAUUGGAGGAUGAAGCAGCUACGUACUCGUCUUGGAACGUGACGGUAAACGCGAGCCUCAUUGGGAAGAUGUGUGGGGCGAAUUUUUGCGGCGUCGACUCGGCAAUGGAGAAUCCCAACUUGGUGCCACCCUCGCCCGAAAGAAUCCAACUGAUUUCCGGCAUUUAUCUGGCUUGUAUGCUGCUGGCUUGUCUGAUCGUCACCUUCGGCGUCGAUUCUCUCGCGAGAUACGACAGAGGUCGAACUGGAUCCGGCACAGGGAAGUCUGGAUUCAAACUUUUGGCUGUCACAUUGAAAUUGCUAGGUGAAAAAAGUCAACUACUCAUUUUGCCAAUAACCAUUUUCAUUGGAGCGGAGCAGGCAUUUCUAUUCGCUGAUUACAAUGCUGCAUACGUAUCCUGCGCCUGGGGCAUCAGCAACAUCGGCUACGUGAUGAUCUGCUUCGGCAUUAUUAACGCAAUCGCAGCCCCGGUCACGGGCUCGGUUGUCAAGCUCACCGGAAGGAUUCCGGUUAUGCUUUUUGCAUUUUUUCUACACAUGGGAAUUCUUAUUGCGUUGCUCUGGUGGAGACUCCAACCCCAGCAAGGCUUACUGUUUUUCAUCCUCUCGGGCUUGUGGGGAAUCUGCGACGCAAUUUGGCUGGUCCAGGUUAACGCAUUAUCCGGACUUCUAUUCCCAGGCAAAGAAGAAUCCGGAUACUCAAACUUCAAACUGUGGGAGGCGACCGGCUCUGUGAUUAGUUAUGCUUACAGUCCUUAUCUCUGUACGGAUAUAAAAUUGUAUGUUCUUAUGGGAAUUCUGUGUUUGGGAAUAGUUUGCUAUUUAGUUAUAGAGCUUACCGGACGAGUUAAAAAUGCUGUGAUUGAAGUGAAGCAAGAUUUUCAAUUGGUCGCAUCUGCGGAAAAAUUUCGAUAACCAUCAAGCCGUUAUAACUAUUAUGUCACAAAUAAUGUAUAAUAACUUAUGUGUUAGAUAAAUAUUAUUAUACUGGCUUGAUGAUA